AUGGCUCGUUUUGGGCUUCAGGUUGAGAAAUUGGAGGUCCAAUGGCAAGCAGCAAACGGGCUUCGUACGGGUACAGGAGGUGGAGUCUGUGAUGCUGCUUUGGAACUAAAAAGAAAACAUGAAUGGGAUGAUGAUAGCCCCAAGUGGGUCCGUGAAAAGAUGGUAGCUUUUGGUAAAUGUCCUAUUUUGAAAGAAUGCAAGUACUACUUUGAGCUGGAGCCAAUUUUUGCGACUCGACACGGCAACACUCGGCUUUUGGUUGCACACAACUUACCUCACGACACUGAAGAUGAAGAUCAUCAUAGUUACAAUCAUGAAGACGAACGUGAUCCUUUAGAGCACUCACCUAACUCAAAUUUGGCUUACCAAGAUCGUCAAGAUCGUAUCCCUUUAGAACACUCGCUCAACUCAAACAUCGUUCAUGAUGACACUUGCCAGAUUGAUUCAGAUGGUUUAAUGGAAAAACUCAGGGAGAUGUUUGAUGACGAUGAAGGUGAUCGAUCUCGCAGCCCAUCUUUAGCCUUGACGCAAACACCAUAUCGACACCAACUUACUAGUUCAACACCUCUGGAACAAACUGCUUCAAAGAUUUCUUUAGUGCAAUCCACUGCGCAAUCUAGUAUUGGCAAGCGUUACAAAAAGGGUUCUGCUUCGCAAAUUCAGGACCUCGUUCAAACCCAAAAAGUCACUCGUGGUGGUCGUGGCUCUGCAUCAGUCGAACCUAGAAACCGGUCUUUCCGUGGCUCUGAAUCAGUUGAACCUAAUAAUGAGAUCAAGGAGGAAGACUUCAUUUCAAUGCACGAAAUGAAGUUUGAUCGAAUGUGCAACAUAGCUGAUAACUUAGCUACUAUGUUCCCUCAAGCACCAAAACCGGUCUUAGACGAAUCACAAGAAAAGCAAAAAGCAAAAAUUGAACUUGAAACGGCCGAGGUGGUGUUAAAUAAUGAAAAGAAGAAGCUUGAAUUAAAUGAAUUUGAUCUGGGUGUCAAGAGAGAUCAUCAUGAGCUUGAAAUGCAAGCAAAGCGGGCCGAUUUGGAACAGCAACAGACUGUAGGACAUGCACGAUUAAUCAGCAUGUUGAUGAAAGAUAAUUCUCUUACCCUUGACGAGGCGGUGAGUGCUGCCAGAGCUGCUGCAGGAAUAGUUGCCUCAACUCGUAGCUCGUAG